CGUCUUCGAAGAGAAAGUGAAAGCGAACAACAGGUUGAAGAGCAACCUAUAGAAGAGAAGCAACCUGAGCCAGAGGAAAAGGAGGAAGAACCUGAAGAAGAGAUAAAAGAAGAUCCUGUUGAGGAGAAAGACUCUUCCAAGGAGGCAGACCAGGUUGAGGAAAUGCCGAAGAAAAGUGGUAAUCCUACAGCAGAGAAGUCUCCUAACCCUGCUACGGAGAAGGAGAGAUCAUCAAGCCCACCAGCGAAGAAAAGAUCUCAAAGUCCACCGAGAAGGGAGAGGUCUCCCCGCUCUCCACCGCACAGGAAGAGAUCUGCAAGUCCAUCUGAUAGGAAACGGUCUCCAAGCCCCCCACCGAAGAAGAGGACUGCAAGUCCGCCAGUGAAGAAGAGAUCCCCAAGUCCCGUUAAAGAAGAUAAAGCUCCAGAACAGGCCGCUGAGGCCGAGGAAAUCAAUGAUGAAGGAAGUGAGAGGGCUGCCAGUGCUGAGAGAGAACCUGAGGACGACAAACAGUCGGAAGGUGGUGAUAGUACGCAACAUUCGCGUGGUAGUGACGCGGCAAAGGAGAAGAAAGCAGAAACCCCUGAAAAGAAAACGGAGAAGAUGGAACGUGGAAAGGAUCAUGGGAAAGAUCCAUCAAAAAGCAAAGCAAAACCGGUGGAAGAGAAUGGGAAUGGAAACGGUGAUGAUGGCGGUGGUGGUGAUCAUUUAGAAGAAUUAGACUAUGGAGAGGCCGAAGUCGAAGGUGAUGCUGAAGCUGAUGAUAAGGAAACGAAGGAUGAAGUGUUGGAACUGGAUGAGUCAGAGGAGCGCGAAAUUCGAAAGCAAAAACGACGCCUAGCAAGUGAAACGGAUGCAUCACAGGAACAUAAAGGAGAAAAAAGAAGGAAAGUGUCCCCGUCAAGGCAUCCAGAAUCGGAUAUUAUUCAUAUCCGUGGUCUCACUAGGCCGUUCACUGAUCGAGCGUUGAAGGCAGAAAUAAUGAAAAGUGGUGGUCAGAUUGUCGAUUUUUGGAUUGACAGCGUUAAAAGUCAUUGCAUUGUUCAGAUGCAAUCAAUCGAUGAAGCUCGAGAAGUUCGAAAUGCUAUGCAUAGUACGCAGUGGCCGACUGCUAACCCGAAGACAUUGUCUGUACAAUUUGAUACCAAGGAAAAUAGGAAGGACGAUAACGACAGGAAACGACAACGUUCAGAAACCCCACCGUUUAGUCGCGCAGUACUAGAAAAACGUGAACGGCGAGACGUGGAGCCUCCGCGCGAUCGUGACCGCGACCGUGAACGCGAACGGGAGCGCGAACGAGAACGCGAGCGAGAACGUGAUCGCGAGCGUGAUCGCGAACGUGACCGGGAACGCGACAGGGGUCGUGGUCGUGAGCGCGACCGCGAUCACGAUCGCGAAAGAAGGCGUAGCGACGAGGAUAGGACUAGCAAUCGACAUCAGGAGCCUGAAAAGGAGCCAGAACCAGAAAAACCGGUGAAAACAGCUGACGAGUUAUUCAUGAAGACUAAAACGUUACCUGCUAUCUAUUUUCUGCCCUUGACUGACGAGGAGAGGAAGGACGAUAACGACAGGAAACGACAACGUUCAGAAACCCCACCGUUUAGUCGCGCAGUACUAGAAAAACGUGAACGGCGAGACGUGGAGCCUCCGCGCGAUCGUGACCGCGACCGUGAACGCGAACGGGAGCGCGAACGAGAACGCGAGCGAGAACGUGAUCGCGAGCGUGAUCGCGAACGUGACCGGGAACGCGACAGGGGUCGUGGUCAAAAACCGGUGAAAACAGCUGACGAGUUAUUCAUGAAGACUAAAACGUUACCUGCUAUCUAUUUUCUGCCCUUGACUGACGAGGAGGCCCAAGAACGACAAGAAAAGUUACUAGCGGAGAAGAAAAAGCGAGAACAAAAGGAGCAGGAACGUGAAAAAGAACGGGAGAAAGAAAAAACUCGUCGUUAA